CGGGUGGAUCAAAGGUAUAUGUUGUACAUUGGACAUAUAGACCUUGGUGUCGGGGAUGGGCAAUAAGUAAGUUCCGCAGCGUGAAACAAAGAGAGGUAAUUUACGCACAUUAUUAAUGUUAGGGGUUGUAUCGAGAUUAGUUAAAGUAAACAAGAAAUCUAAUAUUUUUCAAGUUACUUCAAUAGUAAUAAUACUCUCAACACGAGGCUAUUGUGGCAACAUACUUGGUAUGUAACACAAUACCCUGAUGAGGGUACCUGCCUUAUUUGUGUCUGUGGUGCCACAUGAACGCACAGGAAUUUUCUGUCAGAGCAUUCCUGAGUUGGCUUUUUGUCAAACACUUCAGGCUAAGUGCGAUGUUGAUCCAGCACCAAGUCAGUCUUCUCGUAACUGCGGCGAGCUAAACAUAUCUCUGCAUGAUGGAACUAACAAGUGUUGUAUUCAUCAGUCUUGUGUUCUUGUGUGGUGUCAGAGACGCACAUGCUGAUACCAAUUUGACCGACUUGACUGGACAAGUGAGAGUCCUGACCGCAAGUAUCCAAGCAUGGAAAGGAAGAGUUGAUAAUAUUAAGACUGAUAUGAAAAACCACUUUAGGACGUGGGAGUCAUCACUGAAAAAUCAACUGACUGACACGUUCAUUCCUGCCCUGAUAAAUCCUCUAGUGGGACAAGCGAUUACCGGCAUCCUGAAAGAGUAUAACAUUAGGAAUAUUAUGAGCGGACAUAUUCUUGAUGUAGUUAACAGACUGAGAGUCAGUGUACAAUACACAAAAACACAACUUCAGGCAGUAACACAACAGUUCAGACGUGUAGAAAAGGAAAGAGACAGUUACAAAGAAAGUCUUGAAAAACUUCGUAGCGAGGUGAACACUGACAUCCACAGUUUACAGCUGCAGCUGAAUGAGACGAAAGCUGGUCUUCGUGAUGCAAAGAUGGUGAACACUGUUCUUAGGGAGGACUUAAUGACACUGAAUACAAGCUGUGUGAGGAGAGAAGAGAUAGAAGCGCGCACCCAUGAUGAUCAAUCAUACAGGGAGGGCUUGCAGGAAAUGCAGCAAAAGUUAAAAACUGACAUUCAGAGUUUAAACAUUCAACUAAAUCAGAACAUUGAUGACCUACAUGAUUCAAAUCAAGUAAUCACUGGUCUUACAGAGGACAUUGUGACACUGAAUACAAGCUGUGUGAUGAGAGAAGAUAUUAAAGAGGUCAAUGUUACUGACAGGUCGCUGACUACAUCGUCGUUGUCGCAGGUGUCAUUCACAACAUCGCCCCCUUCGUUUUCUGGUGUUGCAGGAGCCUCGAGUGAUCCGAGUCGGACCGAGGGGACACCAGUGACGACCACAAGGACCACUGGGGACAACUCAGCAGCGACUCCAUCACCAGCAGACUGCAGGGACCUCUAUGUCGCCAGCAGGAGGGGGAACCUGGAGGAGGUGAAGCGGCUCCUGUCGCGGGGCAUCGACGUCAACUGUAGGCGGGGAAAGUGGAGCUGGACACCGGUGAUGCCGGCAGCACGGUGGGGACACAGCGACGUGGUGGAGCUCCUGGUGAGUAAAGGGGCCGAUGUGUCACUGGUGGACAAGGACGGUGACAACAUCCUUCGCCUCGCCUGUAUGGGAGGCCACUUGGAGACGGUGGAGUUUGUGCUGUCUCUGAACGUGGUGGACAUCAACAGUAGAGGAGGGGGGAGCAGGACACCGGUGAUGACGGCAGCAGAGUGGCGACACAGAGACGUGGUGGAGCUCCUUGUGAGUAAAGGGGCCGAUGUGUCACUGGUGGACGUGAACGGUGACAACAUCCUUCACUGGGCCUGUAGGGCAGGACCCUUGGCGACGGUGAAGUUUGUGCUCUCACUGAACGUGGUGGACAUCGACGCCAGGAACAACUCGGGGCGGACGGCGGCCGACUGGGCGAGAAACAGGGGACAUCAGCGAGUGGUGGAUCUCCUCGUGUCCCGCGGCGCUCAGUGACGUCAGUGUCGUGUUUGUGUAGACGGUGGAGGUGACCUGACAGUGACGUGGUGUGCCGUUCAUGUCGUCGUUUGUAAAUAUAUCUUUAUUUACGUGAAACUGUUUGUUGUUUUUGGAGAUGAAUAAAACUUGUAAAAACUAUUUCA